AUGGAUAAAUACCAUAUAACACCCCACUUCAAAAGAUUCACACUAUCACUAUCAUUACCAUUGCAGUUUGAAAAACUGGGCUACAGCAGGCCGCAGAUAAACCUGCCGGUUUUCGUCGUCUAUUCGGCAGCCAUCCUGGUGGAAUAUUUGCAUGUAGUCCUGAAACCUGUGAUAGAAGUGCCCCUCCUCUUUACCAGAAAUGAGGUGAGGAACAUAGCUGUGAGCCACACCUUCAAGAUCAACAAGGCCCGCCGAGAGCUUGGUUUCUGUCCGAAGCCCUACAGCCUGAUGGACUCUGUGGACCAGUACCUGAAAUCCAGACAGCCUCGCUCCAGCUCGUCUCUCCUCGGCCUCUCCUGGACCUCCCAGCUGCCUCAACACCUCCUCCUGCUGUUGCUACUGAUUGGCUUCAGCCUGCUGCUAGUGAUGUUAUCCUCCAUUCACAACUGAAAAUUUGUAUGGAAAUCAAAUAUUUGAUGCUGUAUUCACACCACAUGUGACACCAGAUGCAAUGAAAUAUACCUUGAAAUAAAUCGUCAGAACGUAAGAUUAUGAAAUAAUUUAAUUCACCUUUUUUUGAUGUUGGCAUAUGUGUGUCUGAUUUUGAAAUGAUGAAACUACCAGGCUGCUGGAAAGUAUUAAACCUGAGUGGUGUGAAUGUUAUCGGUUUCUCUGCAAUUUGAAGCUUCUAUGAGGAAAAAAAAUAAUAUUUGUAAUAUUUUAUUUGAAAUGUUUAAAUCUUGAUUGAGUGUAUUUAAAGCAUGUUUCCAGGUUCUCUGAUAAAGCCUUGAUGUGAUUUACACAUCUGUGGAGUUUGAUUAGUAAUUUUGUACACUUUUAGAAAUAAAAGCAUUAACAAUCAAAGCCUA